CACGUUGAAAUGUGCACAUUGCUCCAGCUGAACAUUGUGCUGAGGUGUUCCUCGGACGAAGAUGGCGGCAGUGGACACGUAUAACUGAGCCAUUUUAUGCCUCUAUCAAUGUAGACAAAAAUCAUGGAAUACUUUAGUAGUUUUUCUGGUAGGGGAGUUCGGUUGUUGCGGGGCACUUCGAAUAGACUGUGGUCUGGAUUGCGAGUGGUCCAUUUCCUCGACUCGGUUAAAGAAACUGACGUGAUCCAGCCGGAACCUCAGCUCGAAACAACGCCCAGGGAUACCGACCAGAAAAAGCCCCAGGAGAAGAAGGAUGCACGGCGGAUGUCUUUCCAGAAGCCCAAAGGGACCAUUGAAUACACGGUUGAAUCAAGGGACACUUUGAACAGCAUUGCACUCAAGUUUGACACUGCACCUAAUGAGCUAGUACAGCUGAAUAAAUUGUUUGCCAGAGCUGUUGUUCCAGGCCAGAUUCUUUAUGUUCCUGAUCCAGACUACAUUUCCAGUGUGGAGAGUUCACCAUCAUUGAGUCCAGUCAGCCCUUUGUCACCAACCUCUUCAGAAACAGAGUUUGAAAAACCUAUGGAUGUGGAACAUGCUCACCACAAAGAUCCAACCUCCUCACCAGCACACAGCUGCAUUCGGCCUGCUAGAGUUGUAUCGUCCACUUCUGAGGAAGAGGAGGCCUUCACUGAGAAAUUCCUCAAAAUUUCAUGCAGAUACAUAACUGAUGGAAAGGGCGCAGUCAGUGGUGUACUUCUCGUGACCCCCAACAACAUUAUGUUUGAUCCCCACAAGCACGAUCCUCUAAUAAAAGAACGUGGCUGCGAGGAAUAUGGCAUCAUGUGUCCCAUGGAAGAGGUUCUUUCAGCAGCUAUGUACAGUGACAUUUUGGACAGUAAAAUCAAAGAAUCUUUGCCUCCAGAACUAGAAUGUCCUGGAGUAAAUAAAGAUGUGAACCAGUUAAACCGAAGAGCAAAAAGUCAUACUGAUGAGAUUGACUCUAAACCACGAGAUACAGGGAAUGACAGCACCAGCACAGCUCCACAAAGCACAGAGGAAUCCUUGUCUGAAGAUGUAUUCACUGAAUCAGAACUUUCCCCUAUACGGGAGGAGCUGGUCUCCUCUGAUGAGCUUAGACAGGAUAAAUCAUCAGGAGCCUCAUCAGAGUCUGUGCAAACUAUAAACCAGUCUGCUAUGGAGGGCUGCCUCCCACCUUCAUCUAUAGAAUCAUUGAAGGCUAAUAUGACUGAGCAAGCAAGUGUUGAAAAUCUGUUGACUCACGAUGAUGAUGUUUUAGGUCAUAAACUUGUUGAAGUGAAGCGAAAUGGGAAUCAAAGUAUGGAAAAUUCUCUGAAUGAACACAGCACUGAUGACAAUGUUAGUGUUGCAGAUCAAGAUGAGGAUGAGCAACAUUCCACUCUUAAUCCUAACUUGGCUUGUGAUCACAAAGAUGCUGAAGCUAUGGAAUUGAAUAUAGAGUGCAGAACUACUCAAACUGCACCUGCUUCAGAUUCUUCAGGAAUGUGCAAGAAAGAGAACACUGAUCAGCCCAGGAAAUCAGGGGAAGAGUGUGCUCAGGAUUCUCAGAAUGAGGUGGAGGAGCUCCGAAAACUGUGGAAGAGCCACGCUAUGCAGCAGACUAAGGAGCAGAGGGAAACAAUGCAACAGGCCACCACCAAAGAUGUUAAACAGAAAACUAUGAAACAUGAAGAAGGACCUGCAGAAGGUAGUGUCAUACCAAAAGAGAAAAGGCGGCAUCGAUCACAUAAGUUCUUGUGUUUGAGAGUUGGGAAGCCCAUGAGGAAGACAUUUGUAUCCAUAGCAAGUGCAUCCAUGCAGCAGUAUGCCCAGAGGGACAGGAAACAUGAAUAUUGGUUUGCAGUACCACAAGAAAGGGCCGAACAUCUGUAUGUCUUCUUUGUGCAGUGGUCUCCAGAUGUGUACGGGAAUGAAACUGGAGAGUCAGUGAAGGAGCCAGGAUUCAUGGUUGUCAUAAAGAAUGAGAAGUCUGAAAUGAAUGAGAGUUCCAACAAUGAAUCAGUGCUGAAAGAUUGGGAGGUGUCAGAUCCCUUGCUUAAGAAAAUCUGGCCAUUUUCCCCAGAUACCUUAAGUGCUAAAGAGUCUCUGAGGUGGCCAAGUUGGGGUCUUGAGCUACAAUUCCUGGUUAGACCACCUUUAGAACAAGAGCCGUUUUGGUAA